UGCCGCUGCGCUCAGCCGGGAGCAGAGCUGACAGCACCGGCCCGAGCGGAGCACCGCGCGUCCUCACCCGCGAGGCCAGACUUCUGACUGCGUCAUUGUGAGAGCCAGUGUUCCUGGUGGUGGUCCCUGAGCCAUGGAGGCACCUCUGCAGACGGAGAUGGUAGAGUUGGUACCCAACGGCAAACACUUGGAGGGGCUACUCCCUGUCGCCACCCCCACGGCUGGCAACCAGAGGGUCGAGGGCCCUGGACGGAGCUGUGUUGAGGGUGAAGGCUUCCUACCAAAAAGUCCCAGCAAGGAGCCACACUUCACCGAUUUCGAGGGGAAGACAUCAUUCGGGAUGUCAGUGUUCAACCUCAGUAACGCCAUCAUGGGCAGUGGCAUCCUGGGGCUCGCCUACGCCAUGGCCAAUACGGGCAUCAUCCUUUUCCUGUUCCUGUUGACGGCCGUCGCCUUGCUCUCCAGCUACUCCAUCCACCUGCUACUCAAGUCCUCAGGGAUCGUGGGCAUCCGUGCCUAUGAGCAGUUGGGCUACCGUGCCUUUGGGACCCCAGGAAAGCUGGCGGCAGCCCUGGCCAUUGCACUGCAGAACAUCGGAGCCAUGUCCAGCUACCUGUACAUCAUCAAGUCCGAGCUGCCCCUUGUCAUACAGACCUUCCUGAACCUGGAGGAGCGGACCUCGGACUGGUACAUGAAUGGAAACUACCUGGUGAUCCUGGUCUCUGUCAUCGUCAUUCUGCCUCUGGCACUGAUGCGGCAGCUUGGCUACCUAGGCUACUCCAGUGGCUUCUCUCUCAGCUGCAUGGUGUUCUUCCUAAUUGCAGUCAUCUACAAAAAGUUCCACGUGCCCUGCCCGCUGUCCCCCAGUUUAGCCAACGUGACAGGCAACUUCAGCCUGGUGGAGGUCAUCAGGGAAGAGGCAGGGCUGCGGGCCGAGGCGGAGGCCGCAGCCUUCUGCACCCCGAGCUACUUCACCCUCAACACACAGACGGCAUACACGAUCCCCAUCAUGGCUUUCGCCUUUGUCUGCCACCCUGAGGUGCUGCCCAUCUACACAGAGCUCAAGGACCCCUCCAAGAGGAAGAUGCAGCACAUCUCCAACCUGUCCAUCGCCGUCAUGUAUGUCAUGUACUUCCUGGCCGCCCUCUUCGGCUACCUCACCUUCUACGACAGGGUGGAGUCGGAGCUGCUGCACACCUACAACAAGGUGGACCCGUUUGAUGUGCUGAUCCUGUGUGUGCGCGUGGCCGUGCUGACGGCAGUCACACUCACAGUGCCAAUUGUUCUGUUUCCGGUGCGCCGCGCCCUCCAGCAGAUGCUGUUUCAGGACCGCGAGUUCAGCUGGUUGCGGCAUGUGCUCAUUGCUGUUGGCCUGCUCACUUGUAUCAACCUGCUGGUCAUCUUUGCCCCCAACAUCCUGGGCAUCUUCGGGGUCAUCGGUGCCACAUCUGCCCCGUGCCUCAUCUUCAUCUUCCCUGCCAUCUUCUACUUUCGCAUCAUGCCCACAGAGAAGGAACCUGCAAGAUCUACCCCCAAAAUCCUGGCCCUUUGUUUUGCUGCACUUGGCCUCUUGCUGAUGACCAUGAGCUUGAGCUUCAUCAUUAUUGACUGGUUCUCGGGGACCAGUCGGCAUGGAGGAAGCCACUAGGAUGACCCCCAUCCUGUUCUGUCUACUCGUCCUCCUACCCCUGCCCAGACUCUUCAGCCCCUGCUCCCAUCCAGUGGCCAGUUGUGGGGGGAAGAGAAAGACGUGGUGAACACUAUGGCAUUUGGCCCUGCCCCAUGUCCUCUCUGUCGAAGUUUUUGUUAGAGCCAGGACCAAGGCCCUUGGGCCACUACCCUGCUGAGCUCCUGGCCUACAGGAGCUUCCUAAGCUGGGAGCAAGGUGGGGCUGUACCCCUGCUCCCUUCCUGCUGCCUCAGGUCCCACCCAAGCCCCUUAUUCUCUUUGCACAGGUGCACAGACUGAGGCCCAGCAGCUGCCCCCUAAGGUCACGUAGCCUAUAGGGGCACAAAGAGCUGAAUUAGGCCUGCAGUCAUCCCCCCACCUUGCUCCUGGGCCAUGGUCUGCACCCUGGGGCUUCAUCUCCCUUAGCCUGCUUGCCUUUUCUCCUUCUGUCACCUAGGCCCCUUUCGUGGACUCAGGCCCUUGGAUAAUCUGGUCCUCUUUCCCAUCCCCUCCACUAGGAGCAGAACCCCCUCACCCUAUGCUUGAGGGUGAGGCUGGUGUGGACACCCCAAGGGACCCCUUUCCUGGUCUUUCACCAGUCCUGGGGAGGCUGGGACUCCCCCCACCCCAAGCCCAGGCCAUAGCUCACAUUCCACUGCUGGGAGAAGAAAGAAGCUGAGGCCCAGAACGUGUCUGCCCCUGGGAGCCAGAGACCCCAGGGGCCAGUCUGGGGCAGGGGUGGAGAGGCUGGCAGCCCCCUUUUAUAAAUAUUAUACAUAAGACCAGC